AUGACCGUCCUCGCACCCUACGCCGAACAACACAAGACCACUUCCGGCCCCAACGACAGCCGUCCCUCGGCAAUCCAAAUCAUCAAAGAUCAAGAUCUCGUCGGGAAAUGGACCGGCAAGGUAGUCAUCGUCACCGGCUGCUCCCCCGGCGGUCUCGGUCCCGAGACCGCUAGGGCCUUCCACAUUGCCGGUGCCGACGUUUACAUCACCGUCCGCGACGUCGCAAAGGGUGAGGAGGUUGUCAAGGACAUCCUCUCAGACGGCAAGCCCGGGAAGGUCGAGGUCAUCAAGUUGGACCUCGGCUCCCUGGAGAGUGUCAGACAGGGCGCCAAGACGUUUUUGAGCAAGUCUGACAAGUUGAACGUGCUUGUGAACAACGCCGGAGUCAUGGCUUGUCCCAAGGGAAAGACAGUAGAUGGUUUCGAAACUCAGUUCGGCACCAACCACCUCGGUCACUUCCUCCUCUUCCAGCUCCUAAAGCCAACCCUCCUCGCCUCCUCAACCCCAUCCUUCAACUCUCGCGUCAUCUCUGUGUCCUCAUCAGGCCACCGCGGCGGCCGCAUCAAUUUCGAAGACUUCAACUUUGACCACACCGUAGAGUACCAACCCUGGGCAGGCUACGGUCAAGCCAAGCUCGCCAACAUCCUCUUCGCCAACGAGCUCGACCGCCGCUACGGCGCAAAGGGUCUCCACGCCCUCAGCCUCAUGCCCGGCGGCAUCGAGACGCCCCUCCAAAGGCACUCGCCCGAGAUAUCAGUGAUGAUCAAGGACCCGCAUAUCGCCAAGAUCAUGAAGAGCACCGCCCAGGGCGCCGCCACAUCCGUCUGGGCCGCCGUCGCCAAGGAGUGGGAGGGUAAGGGGGGCAAGUACCUCGAGAACUGCGCCGAGGCGGAGCAGGUUGCGCCCGAGGCCGGUAUGCUGGCUCCCGGGUAUGCGCCGACCGCGUUUGACCCCGCGGCGGAGAAGAAAUUAUGGAUUGAGAGUCUGAAGAUGGUUGGGCUCGAGGAUGACCAGUGA